AUGUAUGACUCGUACUGCCCUCAUUUAUUACUGGCACAGGUGCCUCUGACCGUGUCGCCCUUCAUCAACCUCCCCACCUCGGUCACUCUACCCUACACCUACAAGUCCGUCCCCUCCACUCUCCCACCCUCCGUCACAGUCGAUCCAAGCAAUCCCGAUGCCAAGGCUCGCUAUGUCGUAUCCUCCAGUGGCGAACAUGCUGCACACCCAGACGAAAUCCUGGCAGCGUGCCAGUCCCUUGAGCAACACCUGAAGAAGACCCGAAGCGACGCCGAGGAGGCCAUCAAGGCUUGGGAAGAGUCGAUCCGACAGCGAGAUUUGGCGGAGAAGCGACGUGUCGCGCCCGGGUGGUUGGAUAGUGAGGAGAAACUCCUACAGCCAAAACGGACGUCUGUUCCUCCGGAAGCCCAAGGUGGAGUUGAAAGCCUGCUGGACAGCACCUCGGCCGAUCAAGGAUCCUCUAGUAUGCCGGCCAUGGCUCCUAAUGACGAAGGAGCGGAGUUGGAUCGGGCGUUUGGUGGCCUUGACGUGAAAUGA